AUGGAGGUAGUAAACAUCGAAAGCCCCACAUCUAAUGUUCAAGCUAGACAAGUCGUGGGCCCUAGUGAAGUGCUGGGUAAUGAUGAUCUGGUGGUUUACAGUCCGGUCAUGAAUAAAAACAAAAGGAUAAGUAAGAAGAAGCAGGCUCAAACUGGAAAGAAAAAAAUAUGCGAGGAAGUAAUUCUAGGAGGGGAUUUCAACACGGUCAAGAACGAAAGUGAAAGAGUUGGGGUGAGUUUCCAUCAGAGGUCAAUGUCCAAUUUUGUGGAUUUUAUUUCGAAUGGUAACUUAAUUGAUCUGCCAAUGAGUGGGGGUUCGUUUACGCGGUUCAGGGGAGGAGGUUCUAUCUCGGCAAGUCGUCUUGAUCGCUUUCUUAUCUCAGUGGAAGUGUUUAGUGCCUUCCCUCAAUUAGCUCAGUCUUCGAUGGGAAGAAGCUUAUCGGAUCAUAAAUCGAUACUAUUGAUCGAAGAAAAGAUUUAUUGUGGUCGCAGAACCUUUAAAUGGUUUAACCAUUGGGCGGAGGAUACAGAAUAUGUUGAAAUGGUCAAAACAGUUUGUGAGAAGAAUCAGGGGAAAGACACAACGCAAUUCCUAAGGGAGGUUCGGUCAGCUACAAAGAAAUGGGAACGGGAAAAGCAAUGGAUGCCAUGGCAGAAAUUUGAAGUUUUAAAGCGAGAUUGUGGAAGGUUCAUAGGCGUCACGAAAGAGAGUGGCUCCAAAAAAAGUCGUUUAAAAUGGUUUAAGGAGGGGGAUAGAAACACAAGAUUUUUCCAUCUUACAGUUGCAAAAAGAGGGAAAGCUAAUCGUAUUUCUUCGUUAAUGGUGGGCAAUGCUGAGAUCAGGGAUCAAAAGGAAUUGGUAAAGACUCUUCAAAAGCAUUUCCAGCUGAGUUAUAAUGAAGUUAAUACCCUGCCAGUUAACCGCCUUGACGUUCCGAUGAGAAGAUCAUACAUAACACUUAUUCUCAAGAAAGAUGGGGCAGAUUGUGUUGAGGACUUCAGGUCGAUAUCUCUAGUUAGAUUGGCGGUUGUUAUAAAUGAAGUUGUGGGUGAUAAUCAGUUCGCAUUCAUCGCAGGCAAGCGUAUCCGGAAUUGCUCUUUAAUCGCAAACGAAGUCAUCGAUGAUUUGAAUCAGCGUAAGAAAAAGUUAUAG